UUAAGUCUUUUAUCUCUUUUUCAGUUUGGAAGAAUUGAAAUUGAUACAACACUGAAACUUAAAAUAAUCAAAAUUCAUUCAAUCAUUUUCUGAUGAGUAAAACAAUAUAGCCACCUUGGAACAUGUCUCUUGUUUGUAAUGUUAAAUGAUAGAGGUGGAAAACUCAUAUAGGCAGAGUAGUGUGCACAACUUUUAGGAAUUAGGAUGCUCCCCAAACCAGAUUCAAUUAGGAGUCAAUUAGCACGCACCCCAAACCAGAUUCACACCGGACCAUAUUCCUAAAUAGCACCUAUAGGAAACAUGUCUACAUGACAUCUCUACCUGCAAGAGAAACCUCUGAGGAGACAGUUGAAAGGCUACAUACAAAAACAACACCAGUUCAUCACUCACAUUUUCCUGAACACAGAAAAAGCCGCAGUCAUUGGCGUGGUGUUAGCAAAAGUAAAUCUUUACAGCCAAACGUCCAUUUGCCAUAAUUGAUGUUAGCCCUGUGUAAACCACACAAAAGAAAUGUUACAGUUAUGUUUACACCAUUUUGUUGCACAGUUGCAAAUACUUGAAGAUGUAAACUACUUUUGCAGAUUCAAAAUAGGAAGAUGAGGUCCCACUGCCAUUUAAGAAUAAACAGAAUAUAACUAAGGACAACAAUAAUAUUCUCACUAGAACUGGGGAGUGGUUUGCGUGUGUCUCUUCGUGUGUGUCUGUCCAUGUAAGUGCCACGUCUAGAAAGCAGCUAGAAGGAAGAUACAAAUUCAACAUUAGAAAAAGAAAGACUGACGAGUGCAAAUGGCAAACUGUGACCUGCAAAACCAAAUGAGAUGCAAAUGUAUUUAUGUGCUUUACCUUGUACCACUUUCACAUUGAGAUUACUACACAUGAGUAAACAUAUUAUUUUAUAUUAUAUAAUAUGUCUGACUUCUGUUUUUUGUUGUACUGAACAAUUGUUUCUUUCUUUUAAAUUAAACGAGAUGUGAUUCGACCUCAGUGGGCAAUAACACCACUGCUGUUACCUUUUAAGGCAAUGACUAGUGAAACUACGUCUCCCACGCUGCAUAGCGUCUUUACGUCAUCACAACAGGAAGUAACAGAGGCUUGGUCAGUCGCUGUAGGUGAACGAGCAGAGCAGUGAGGCAAUAGGACAAAAAUGAGUGUCGAGUAAAUUACCGUCCGUCGGAGACACGGUUCCUCUUCUGCCAGCGCCCAUGGGCGACGCCCAGGAGCGACACCGACACGUUAGGACCCGCUAAACCCGACGGCGAGGCGCUGUUCCUGAGGUUCUUCCCGGUGGACGUUCACAUAUGAUGGAACGGGCGAUGGAGCAGCUCAACGUACAGCUCAGCCGGCUGACUCGGUCCCUCCGCCGGGCCAGGACAGUAGAACUCCCUGAAGACAAUGAAACUGCUGUGUACACUCUUAUGCCAAUGGUCAUGGCUGACCAGCACAGGUCAGUGACAGAGCUGCUGCUCAACUCCAAGUUUGAUGUGAACUACGCCUUUGGACGUGUAAAGAGAAGUCUGUUGCACAUCGCUGCCAACUGUGGGUCCGUGGAGUGUCUGGUUCUGCUGCUAAAGAGAGGAGCCAACCCAAACUACCAGGACAUCUCCGGCUGUACCCCUCUGCAUCUUGCUGCCAGGAAUGGACAGAAGAAGUGCAUGGGCAAACUAUUGGAAUAUAAUGCUGAUGUCAACAUCUGCAACAAUGAGGGACUAACUGCUAUCCACUGGCUGGCAGUGAACGGGCGGACGGAGCUCCUCCAUGAUCUGGUCCAGCAUGUGACCAAUGUGGAUGUGGAGGACGCCAUGGGACAGACAGCUCUACAUGUAGCCUGUCAGAACGGACACAAAACAACGGUGUUGUGCCUUCUGGACAGCGGAGCUGACAUCAACAGGCCAAACGUCUCUGGAGCCACGCCUCUUUACUUUGCCUGCAGCCAUGGCCAAAGAGACACAGCACAGAUCCUGCUCUCUCGAAGUGCCAAAUACCUGGCUGACAAGAAUGGAAUCACUCCUCUGGAUCUCUGUGUGCAGGGUGGAUAUGGGGAGACCUGUGAGAUCCUCAUCCAACAUCACGCCCGACUCUUCCAGACCCUCAUCCAGAUGACACAGAAUGAUGAGAUUAAAGAAAGCAUGCUCAGGCAGGUUCUGGAGCAUGUCUCUCAGCAGAGUGACAGUCACUACCAGAGGAUCUUGACUAGUCUCGCUGAAGUGGGGACCACCAAUGGACACAAACUUCUCAGCCUGUCCAGUAGUUUCGAAGCUCAGAUGAAGAGCCUGCUGAGAAUCGUUCGUAUUUUCUGCCACGUGUUCUGCCUCGGGCCUUCGUCACCCAACAACGGCAACGACAUGUGCUACAACGGCAACAAGACGCCUCGCAGUCAGGUCUUUAAGCCGUUGGAGCUGCUGUGGCACUCCCUGGAUGAGUGGCUAGUGCUCAUCUCUACAGAGCUGGACAGGAACAGGAAGAACCCAUCCUCCUCCUCCUCCGGGAGCGAGAUAGCUUCUCUGCUCCUCAAACAGCGGGAGGUUGACCACUCUGGCUCCGCACCAAAGCUUCCUUCCUUGCUGGACCCUCCGAUCGUCAUGGAAACAGAGGUCUACGCUGACGGGGAGGACGUCAUCUCCAUGACAGCCAAUCGACUCAGUGCUGUGAUCCAGGCCUUCUACAUGUGCUGCUCCUGUCAGAUGCCACAAGGAAUGACGUCCCCUCGCUUCAUUGAAUUUGUCUGCAAGCAUGACAACGUGCUCAAGUGUUUUGUAACCAGGAAUCCAAAGAUCAUCUUUAACCACUUCCACUUCCUCCUGGAGUGUCCAGAGAUAAUGUCACGCUUCAUGCAUAUAAUUAAGGGGCAGCCUUUCAAGGAUCGCUGUGAGUGGUUCUACGAGCAUCUGCUGGCCGGCCAGCCAGACUCAGACAUGGUUCAUCGUCCGGUCAACGAGAACGACAUCCUCCUCAUCCACAGAGACUCCAUAUUCAGGAGCAGCUGUGAGAUGGUUUCCAAGUCCACCAACGAGAAACUCAAACAGGGCAUUGCUGUUCGCUUCCACGGCGAGGAGGGCAUGGGUCAGGGUGUGGUUCGGGAGUGGUUCGACGUCCUGUCCAAUGAGAUCAUCAACCCAGACUAUGCCCUGUUCACUCAGUCAGCUGAUGGAACCACUUUUCAGCCCAACAGAAACUCCUCAGUGAACCCAGACCAUCUGAACUACUUCCGGUUUGCCGGUCAUAUCCUGGGUUUGGCUAUGUACCAUCGACAGCUGGUGAACAUCUACUUUACCCGCUCCUUCUACAAACACAUACUGGGUAUCCCAGUGAGCUACCAGGAUGUAUCAUCCAUUGAUCCAGAGUAUGCUAAGAACCUGCAGUGGAUCCUGGACAACGACAUCAGUGAUCUGGGUCUGGAGCUCACCUUCUCUGUGGAGACAGACGUGUUCGGGGCGAUGGAGGAAGUGCCGCUCAAACCUGGAGGGACCAGCAUCCUGGUCACCCAGGACAACAAGGAAGAGUACGUGCAGCUGGUAACGGAGCUGAGGAUGACACGAGCCAUCCAGCCUCAGAUAAACGCCUUCCUACAAGGAUUCCACACUUUCAUCCUCGCCUCACUCGUCCAGCUUUUCGACGAAUACGAAUUGGAGCUCCUGCUGUCAGGGAUGCCGGAGAUCGAUGUGCAGGACUGGUACAGGAACACUGAGUACACUAGUGGCUACGACCCCCAGGAGCCCGUCAUCCAGUGGUUCUGGGAGGUGGUGAAGAGCCUGACCCAGGAGGAACGAGUUCUUAUGCUUCAGUUUGUCACUGGAAGUUCCAGGGUUCCUCAUGGCGGUUUUGCUUACCUGAUGGGCGGCAGCGGUUUACAAAAGUUCACCAUUGCUGCAGUGCCGUUCACCUCCAACCUUCUACCUACCUCUAGUACCUGUAUCAACAUGCUGAAACUACCAGAAUACCCGAGUCAGGAGGUUCUGAGAGACCGGCUGCUGGUAGCUCUGCAUUGUGGGAGCUACGGCUACACCAUGGCGUAAACAUCACAUCAGUUCCUGCUGCCAUGAGAGGCUGCAGACCCAAGCAACAAUCCCACCUCCACACAUGCUCAUUUAGUUGUCAGGUACUGCUUUUGACAAAAAAAAGGAAAUCCAGAUUCCUAUUGAUGAGCUGCUGGAGAGGCACAACAGACUGAAUAGAGGCCACAGGUUCUGGAGCUCCACUCAUACCUGUGCCUUAACUCUUUUUUUGUUUUUAUCGAAGCUGGUUUCAGGUAAUUUAUGCAAAUCAUGAUUUGAUAUCUUAAAAUGUCACUAUUUUCAAGCAUUUAUGAAAAACAGCAUUUAUAAAAUGAACUCUACUUAAAACACAGGCUAAAGCAUAUUCUUGCAAGCUUACUGAAUGUCAAAUAUUGACUGAGUUUAAGGUGAUUUCCGUAUGGAUGCAGGAUAGAAUUGAUCAGCUUUAAACACGCUGUCAAUCAAACAGCAUCAUGUUCAUAUCAUAGGUUCACAGUGCAGAUUUAUUUAACGGGCCUGCCCCAGGCCCACAUACCAGCAAACUGGUAUAAUACGAUUUUAGUUCGUUUAGAUUUUAAGAUUUUUAUUUAUUUUUAAGUCUCCAUUUCACUGUUUUAAUAGUCCGUUCAUUUGAUUUAAACAAUCCAAGCUUCUCAGCUUCCAAUGGGAACAUACGUGGUGUGCUGCUUUACCAGCCUCCACUCUUCUGCUUUCACAUCCUUGGCUGCAGGGAUUUUCUACCAUUCAGCCACAAGUUACAAGAGCAUUAGGGCAGCCCAACACUGAUGUUGGGUGAUAAGGCCGUGCUGGCAGCCGGUAUUCCUGUUCCCCUCCAAGGUAUUGGGGGUAGUACACGUCAGAGCCCUGUGCAGGAUGGUUAUGUUCUUCCACAGCAAACUGGGAAAACUGGCUGUGUGCAGCAACAAAGAGCCACAAACAAAGGGUUUACCCAAAAGGGAAGACUACUAUUAUUAUGAGGUGUGGUAUUAAUAUGUAUCCUCAAUAAAAAAUAAGGGGCCCUAACUAGUAGAAAUACACCUAGUUUAAAUAUACACUCAAGUACUGUAUGUGAGCUGUGGUGUCCAAAUACUUUUGGCCAUAAAGUGUUUGUAAAAUGCAGUAUUCAAGCGCAAAUAAUGAUUAUACAAAUAAAGCAAUAACAGGGGUCAGGAAUCUUACAUUUACAGAAAAUAAAAAUGAACACAACAAUGAAUUAUGUUGCAAAUACCUUAGUAUUUGUAAUAUCCUGGCUACUGUCCUUUGCAGAUACACACAGAUACUACACCAAUAACAAUACAGAUACACACAGAUAUUGGACCGAUUAAAAUGCAGAACAACGCGGAUACUGCACCAAUCACAAUACAGUCAGACACACAGAUAUUGGACCAAUCAAAAUACAGCCAACACAUUGUUAAGUUGGUAAAAAUAGAUGUCCAUUGUAUAAUACCAAUGUAUGGGGCGCUAUCACUGCAGGAUAAUAGUAAGUGUAAUAUUUAUUACUUUUGGGUAAUUACAAAGUUACCGAUUAAAAUAAAAGCCAAGGAUAAAUAUUUGUAAUUUCUCAGAAAAAUAAGUAUGCAGAAGAUAAACUGAAUAUAUAAUACAUUGAGGUGAGGCUAUUGAAGAUACUGUAUGAUCAAGGGGUUCUAUCCUCUACAUACAGUAGCUGUGUGAACACUCCCUAAGUAUGAAAGGUAUGUGUCAUGUGGUUGACUCUGAACUUCUUUACUUUCUUUCGUCUGUAUUUGUGCUUCAUGAACAGCAGAUUUCAGUGAUGGUUUAUUGUUUGUAUCUGUCCCAGUCCAGUAGACUCUUAAAUGAGGAAUGAUACAACAUAUCUGAACACGUUUGGCCUGCAUUGCCAAAAAGACAAAGCCGGAAUCAUUUUAAAUACGUUAUUUUUUUGUAUUCUGCCGACACAAAGAUGCUGAAAAUGUGCUGUAUUUCUAAAAGGAAUGGGGACAACGUCAUGAAUGUAUCAGGUAGCUUAGUUUUCCUUCUUUCCAUUUGUAAAGGGAGUAUAUUGAUUUAAAACGUACAAUCCCAUUAUCCAGCAGUAUUGUUUUGAAUGCAUCAUCUACAAGCUUUUGUAUACUGAUUGUUGAAAAUGGAACAUUUAUACAAACUUCUGUAAAUAUCUUCAGUAUCAAAUUAUGUGGUUUGUCAGAGUAAGUUUUUUUGUGCUUUGAGAUUUUAUCCAAUAAACCUUGUUUUGAGAAGCCAGGUGGUUUGGUGGCGAGCUGCACAGGAGAACGGGUCUCAUGUUUCUGCUGCGAUGAAACAGAAGGGAGAUGAUGAGCGUGAGGAGAGGCUGCAUGCAGCUGAUGCAUGCAGCCCAUUGGUGUUUGUGUGUGGGUGUGGGUGUGGGUGUGUGUGUUUGCCUGCAUAGACAUAUGUGGCCACAGCAUGAGUGCUGUGCUGGGUCACCAGUUUAGAGCAGCAGGUCUACUGCUGCUAAAUGGCCCUUAACCAGUGUUUAGUGAGUCCAACAUCUGCUGCAGCACCGUCCUGACAGCAGUUUACACUCACUAAGACCUCUGCCUCGCUCCUCACCCCUGUACAGUAUCAGACUAGAACUGAUGCCACACCACAACAUUACCGGCCAAGUCCAAUCAAUGAAAAACCUAUUAGAAUAUUAUUAAGAGCUUUAAAUAAAGCCAGAUUAUAUAUGUAUAUAAGAUAUAGGGAUAUACAGAGAGAUGGUACAAUGUUUUACUGUUUGUGUGAAAUAGGUGAAAAUGGGUCAGAGAUCAGGUAAAAAAAACAAAACAAUUAUACUUAUGGGUUAACAAGGAUGAGUAGAAAUUCGCAUAAUUGGACGAAAAAAUAAGCAAUUUAGCCUUUUGUCUUAACCGAACAUUGUUUUACUAACACAGAAAACAAAGUGGUGUAUAACAUUUCCGUUCUGUCCCACAGAGGGCAGCGUAGACCUGCAAAAACUAAAAACAAAGCUUUGUCAUUAUAGUUUUCAGGAGGAAGUUCAGGGGGUUCAGUUAACUGUCCAAUCAGAACUUUGGAGGCAGGACCAUAGGCUCACCGUACACACUCAUAGAAUUCAGUUCCCUAAAUGUGCCUGAGAAGAUCUGUCAAUUAUUCCCUGGGAAAACACUAAAGAUGUUUUGAAAAUCUGUAUUCAGAUCAGCACCCAAAUUUUAUGGAUUCUUCCCUGACCCACAGGGCAUCUUUCCAUCAAGUUUCGAGGAAAUCUUUUUUUUUUUUUUGAUGGAGGGUUGAUUUCAGUUUGGUCUGUAUCCGUUUAGUGGAGACACUUGUCUGGGAAAUGUUAACUUGUGGGCUUGACGUCGAGGUUGGCAGUCGGCCUCUACAGAAAGAGGAGAGAUGUGACUCAAUAGUUCUAAUGUUGUCUCACUCACAUGUUGUGUGUGCUUAGCUGGCUUGCCAACAUUAAUAAUGUUUUUGUUUUUUUACCUUGAUCUUAAGUGAAAAAUAUCAUAUUGACCCUGAGACUCCAUGGAAAAAUGUAAACAACUAUUGUGUAAUCAAGCCUAAAUGAUGCAGUGUUUAAUGGGUGGAAGCCUUCACACUGUUGGUAGCACCUGUAUUACUAGACUCAAACCUUCACAGCAACAUAGUGGCCAGGACAUGCUCCAAUCACCAAGGGUGACACCAAUGGAUUUGAUUUCAGUGAAAGGCUGCAUAACCUUAUCCCUCGCCAGAGAACCUGGUCCCCAUGACAACCCUUCCCUUUUCACUGAGAAUGGACUGCACUCUCUUUUUUUGAACAUAGGAUGCUUGCCAUGGCAACAACUUCCUCACAACAUUUGUCUGGUAUUGGCAGCUUUUUCAAGUGCUACCUCUUUCCCGCUGGCAGGCCUGAAAGGAAAAGACAAAACACAGAGAAGUCAGGCUUACACUGAGGUCUGAGGUCUUUGUCACAACGCCUUUGUGCAACAGCUCUGUCACGUUGUCAGCACCAGUGACAGAGCUGUCGGGUGUGCUGCAGUAAUUCUGUCUGUCUGGUAGAGUGUGUUCUGUGUAGUGUUGCACAGUGCAGGCCUAUUUAAUUUAUUAUGACAAUAUUUUCAUAAUUACUGUAUUUCCUGUGCAGCCCUUCAGCUGUUUCUCUCUAUUUGAAAAUCUGCAUUUUGGAAGGUGUUUGUAAAAAUGUCCUCUUUUAGUUUCCGUUAAACGCUGUUUGCAUGUGAACGAGAGCCUCGAACACAGAGGAGAAAGUUUGUUUUGCCAAAUACCUGCAUUCAUGUGGACAGAGCGUCAGCAGCUCCCCUUCUGUUACAAUUUAGCCCUGGAGCCUGUUCCUCCUAGACUGGGACUGGCACCCUCUUCUCAAAACCUUUAAAUGUUUUUUUGUUUAAUAUUCAUUGUGAUCUGUUCUGCCAUUAUUUUUAUUUCACAUUGAAGUGACUUGUGAAUUGCUUGUUUGCCUACUUUGGGUGCAUUUAAAAUUUGAAUAGAAAAGAGAGAGAGAGAGAGAUUUCAAUCACUCAGGCGAUACUUGAAGCGUGUGGAGUGGUUCGCUGUGUGUGUGUGUGUGUGUGUGUGUGUAGGAUCCACGCUGUCAUAGUACUGACACUAAGCAGAGGAGACUGACACAGAGACAGAUAGAGCACCUCACCUACUUUGGUUUACUGUUUGCUUUUCGUGGUUGUAAAUAAAAAUGUCACUCCUAAUUCAA